UAUUCGCACUUUGCACCGUCACCACCAUUUCCACUCCUCCAGAUCCGCCAAGGCCUUGUUCGUCCUCCUCGCGGGCUCGCGGCGCGUUGCCUCGCCACGCCUUCCCCACUGCUUCCAGGUCCAACCACCGCGGCGUUCAGAUCCUGCGAGCUCUCCGCUCUCCACCUCCCCGCGCCGCGGCGUGCUCUCCCCGAUAUCUCACCAUGGAUACUGUCGAGAAGAUCGUCGAGGACUUCGCCUCGGACAUUGCCAUGAGUCCCUUCUCCUCCGGCACGCGCCUCCGGGACAUGAUACGCGCGAUACGCGCGUGCAAGACGGCGGCGGAGGAGCGCGCGGUGGUGCGGCGGGAAUGCGCGGCGAUACGCGCGGCCAUCAGCGAGAACGAGCCGGAGCUCCGGCACCGGAACAUGGCCAAGCUCAUGUUCAUCCACAUGCUCGGCUACCCCACCCACUUCGGCCAGAUGGAGUGCCUCAAGCUCAUCGCCGCCGCGGGGUUCCCGGAGAAGCGGGUCGGCUACCUCGGCCUCAUGUUGCUCCUCGACGAGCGGCAGGAGGUGCUCAUGCUCGUCACCAACUCCCUCAAACAAGAUCUCAACCACUCGAACCAGUUCAUCGUGGGUCUUGCGCUGUGUGCGCUUGGGAACAUCUGCUCUGCGGAAAUGGCGCGGGAUCUGGCGCCUGAAGUGGAGAGGUUGAUGCGCAGUAGGGAAGUCAAUACAAAGAAAAAGGCUGCUUUGUGCUCUAUAAGGAUUGUAAGAAAAGUCCCAGAUUUGGCGGAGAACUUCAUGGCCCUUGCCACAUCUCUGUUGAAGGAAAAACACCAUGGGGUUCUGAUAUCUGUAAUUCAGCUCUGCACAGAACUGUGUAAAGCCAACAAAGAUGCGCUGGAGUACCUAAGGAAGAACUGCAUUGAAGGUUUGGUCCGGAUACUGAGAGAUGUAUCCAAUAGUUCUUAUGCUCCUGAGUAUGAUGUUGCUGGCAUUUCGGAUCCAUUCUUGCAUAUUCGUGUUCUUAAACUUAUGCGCAUUUUGGGUCAAGGAGAUGCAGAUUGCAGUGAAUAUAUGAAUGAUAUUCUUGCUCAGGUUGCAACAAAAACUGAAUCAAACAAGAAUGCUGGAAAUGCCAUUCUGUAUGAAUGUGUUCAGACUAUAAUGGGCAUUGAAGCUACUAGUGGUUUACGUGUGCUGGCAAUCAACAUUUUGGGCAGAUUCUUGUUGAACCGUGAUAACAAUAUAAGAUAUGUUGCUCUGAACAUGCUUAUGAGGGCCAUAACAGUAGAUGCACAAGCAGUACAGAGGCACAGGACAACAAUAUUAGAGUGUGUAAAGGACGCCGAUGCCUCCAUUCGCAAAAGGGCCCUUGAACUUGUCUUUUUGUUAGUCAAUGAUACGAAUGUAAAGCCUUUGACUAAAGAGCUUGUCGAUUACUUAGAUGUAGCUGAUCCAGACUACAAAGGAGAUCUCACAGCAAGGAUAUGCUCAAUAGUUGAAAAGUUUUCUCAAGAAAAGUUAUGGUACCUUGAUCAGAUGUUCAAGGUUUUAUCCCUGGCAGGAAAUCAUGUGAAGGAUGAUGUAUGGCAUGCUCUUAUUGUUGUAUUAAGCAAUGCAUCAGAACUUCAAGGAUACUCAGUGAGGUCAUUAUAUAGGGCCUUACAAGCAUAUGGUGAACAGGGAAGUUUAGUAAGAGUAGCUGUUUGGUGCAUUGGUGAAUAUGGUGAAAUGCUGGUAAAUAAUGUUGGCAUGCUGGAAGGGGAGGAACCAAUUACGGUAACAGAAUCUAAUGCCGUGGAUGCUGCAGAGGUUGCUCUUAACCGUUACUCUGCAGAUGUGACAACUAGAGCUAUGUGUUUGGUUGCUCUUUUGAAGCUCUCCUCACGAUUUCCUUCGACAUCAGAGAGGAUAAAACAAAUAGUUGCCCAUAAUAAAGAGAAUAUUGCUCUUGAACUGCAGCAAAGAUCAAUUGAAUUCAGUUCCAUUAUGCAGAGACACCAGUCAAUCAGAUCGUCUUUGCUUGAACGUAUGCCUGUAUUGGACGAAGCUAGUUAUCUGGUGAAGAGAGCUGCCACUACACAAGCAACUAUAUCUUCAGAAAAACCUGCACCAGCAGUUACUCCUGGAGGCCUUAAGCUUCCAAAUGGUGUAGCAAAACCUACCGCAGCUCCUUUAGCUGAUUUGCUUGACUUGAAUUCUGAUGUUGCACCAGCUACUACCGCUGCUUCUACUACUACAGCACCUAGUUUUUUUCUACAAGACCUUUUGGGUAUUGGUGGGACGAAUUCAUCAAUGGCAGGUGUACCUUCGUCUGCAAGCACAGAUAUUCUGAUGGAUCUUCUUUCCAUUGGAUCCUCUCCGUCACAGAGUGGUCCGCUGGCACCAAACUUCAGUCCUCCUGGACAAGCGGAGACUAAACCUGUUCCUGCUAUACCUGAGGCUAUUGAUCUGCUUGGUAGUUUGUCAUCAAGUUCAUCACUUUCUGCGGAGACUAAACCUGUUCCUGCGAUACCUCAAGCUAUGGAUCUGCUCGAUGGUUUGUCAUCAGCUACAUCCGUUUCUGGACUUAAUAAUACAGCCCAUCCAUCAAUAACGGCUUUCCAGAGUGCAACCUUGAAGAUAACCUUUGAUUUCAAAAAGCAGCCUGGAAACCCACGAGAGACUACAAUUCAUGCCACUUUCACAAAUUUGACAUCUAGUACUCUUACGGAUUUUAUUUUUCAGGCUGCUGUUCCAAAGUUCGUCCAAUUGAGACUGGAUCCAGCUAGCGGCAACACUGUUCCAGCUAGUGGAAAUGGUUCAGUCACACAAGGGCUCAAUGUCACGAAUAACCAACAUGGACAGAAACCACUCGCAAUGCGUAUCCGGAUGUCUUAUAAAGUGAAUGGUGAGGACGGAUUAGAACAAGGUCAAGUCAGCAAUUUUCCUUCUGGACUAUAGUGCCAUUCGUGUAUAUUAUAUCAUGUUGUGAUAGAUCUCUAAAUUUGACGUUUUGGGUCAGAGCAAAGAUUUCUUUUACCCUGUUCUACAUUUCCUUUUUCAUUCUUGUUCCCCAUUUGCGGGACUUAAGAGCAAAUGGCCUCUUCCGGCCAUUCCAUUUUCCUAUAUAUAUUGUAUAGUAGUCAGCACCGACGUGAUAUCUUCAAACUCAUCGCGAUGUAUUCGUGCCUGCCGUACAUCAGGCUUGAUGAUAAUCAGAAAAAGUUUAUUCA